AAUAGAGACAAAACUUUCUUUUAAUAAUAAUAUUACCCUCUGUUUCUCUGUCUUUUGAUCACUGAGCCCUCUUCAUUCACAGCAUUUUGUUUGUUUUUAAUACGGAAAAGAAUAUAUCGUUUAGCAUGCAUGACAGAGGAGGGUGGCGGAAGUGACGUCACUGCGACUUUCAGAAGCUUGUCGCUGGUCUGAUGCUGGAAUGAGCAGCGACCGCUUUGGAAACUUUGGUCAAACAUGAGCGCUAACCGGAUGAUCGAAGCCUAAAGGAGCCGCUGUCUUAGAACAGAGUCCACCAUGCUCUCUCGACUUCCUGCGCCCAGUGAGAGGGCCAGCGGUGGGCGGGGCCGGGCACCUGUCCUCUCCUUAGAUGACCAACCCGGAGUUUUCGCUCCUUCGAAUUGGAACUCCUCUUCAUCCCCUCUCCCAUCUUCUUCCUCACCCGCUGUGUCAUCUUCAUCUUUAUCACCUCCUCUCCACUCGCCCUCCUCUUUCUCUGCCCUGUCUCUCUCCCCUCACUCCCUUCGUUCAUCGUCAUCGUCCCGUUCUCCCACAGCGGCUGCUUCUUUAUGGUCCUCACGUUCUCCCCCGUCUUUUCCUCAAACUGUCCCUUCUCUCUCUCUUCUUUCUGUGAGUCACAGCUCAACUACUCCUCCAUCAGGUCCUCCCCCUUCUCCUCCUCCUCCUUCUCCUCCUCCUCCUUCUUCUCCUUCUUCUUCUCCUUCUUCUUCACCACCCCUUCUUACUUCUACCCAUUCAUCCUACUCCCCUGUUUCUCCACUUUCCCCCUGUUCUCCUUCCCCACCACCUCCCUCUGCUCUCUCUGUUCCUCUUGCUGUUUGUUCAGAUCUCUCUUCCUGCCCUCCUCCUGUAGCUCCUCCACCUUGUUCCUGCUCCUCCAUGUUACCUCGCCUCCUCUCAGCUCACCGCUCAGAGAUGCGACGCCUCCUUCGAGGAGCUAUGGCUUCUCUUGGCCGACGACUGGAUGUUCUGGAGAGGAACACCAGGAGGAACGGGAGAAAGAGAAGAGGUGGAGGUGGAAGAGGAGCAACUUCUGCUCCUGGUUCUGCCUCCUGCGGCCGCGCCUCCACCCUCUCUGGUAUCCUCUCUCCAACCGUAGACAUGAAGGACUCGCUGACACCCGCCCUUCUUUCCUGUGUGAACCAAUCACAGCGAGGAAGAGAGAAUACUGUGAAGAGGAGGAGAGAGCCAACGGAGGAGGACGGAGGAGAGGAUCCUGCAGGAGUUGUUUUCUGCAGCAGAGGAGGUGCCGAGAAGCUGGAAGGAGUUGAAGAGAAGCAGGUGCAGCUCCGGCAAAAUGACAUGGACGCUACACAAGAAGAGGAGGUGCAAAAGAGCGAAUCAGAACAGGCUGUUUGUGUCAUCGGCCAGAAAAACAGUUACAGAGCGUCGCUGCUGCUGCACAGCUCUGCCGCCAGCUUCCAUCUUCUCCCUCCUGUCGAGAGCCAAUCAGAAAGGAUUAGUUUCUCAUUGGACCAGUGGCGACUCUCUGGCCCCGCCCCUUCCGUCUCCUUCAGCCCCGCUGCUUUCUUCCUGUGGCUGCGCUCUUCUUCAGCUUCAUCUUCUUCCUUUAGCCCCGCCUCCAUGUUUCGGCCGUCAACAGCCUCUGUGACGAAACUGACAGACUUGUUUCGGGGGGAGCGUUCUGCAAGUCCUCAUUGGCCACUGAAGGACUGUACAGCCCCGCCCAGCCUUGGCCGAGAUCACUGUUACGUACGAACACUAACAACAAGCACAACCGAUUCCCCGCGGCGACCAAAGAAGCAGCGGACCAAUGGCAGCAUGGGAGAGUCAGCCCCACCUCGACAUCAACCUCUGCCCCUUCCUCCGUGUUCAACCAAUGGGCUGCUGACUCAAAUUCCUGCCGGCCAAUCGGCAGCCGGCUCCGAGUUCCUCAGCAAAAAUGGAGAGCGUGCCAAGCGCGUUUCCCAGAUCAGGAUCCGCCGCACGUCUCCAAAGGAAACUCUGCUUACACCGAUGGGACUGCCAAAAGUCAAACGGUUAAAAAAGAAGGAGUUCAGUCUGGAGGAGAUUUACACAAACAAGAACUUUAAUGACCACCCGAACACUAACAGGAGCCUGGAGACCAUUUUUGAGGAGCCACGUGAGAAGAAUGGGGCUCUGCUUCUGAUUGGCCAGCAGAGGAGACGCAGGGUCCUCCUCUUCCCUGACUUCACUCAGCCCAGGAAGAGAAAAAGAAUGCAAGGGGCAGGGCUUCCUGUCGCUAUGGCGCCCAGAAAACGUGUCGCCGCCCGUCGACACUGCCACGGCGGCAGCUCCACAGAGGACGACCCUGACCUGGACGUGAUGCUGGUGGAACGACUGAGCGCACUGGAACACUACUUGAUACAGCAGGGCCUGGAUGAGUGAGGAGGAACAGCACGUCAUGUUGCCUGCCACAAAGGCCAAAUGAACAAGCUGCUAGCACAACUGCUAACUGCUGCGCUGUCAUGCUAACACCGUUGGCAUGGGCAGUGUCAUUAGCAGACUUCACUUUUUACUGUGUACUUGACGUUUCAUCAAUUUUUUUUUAACAGUUUAGUAAAUAUUUAAGCAUUAGCGAUAGUGUGAAUGAUGCCCCCUGCUGUGAUAGAUUCUCUGGUCGAUAUUUUUACACUGUAAUUUAUUUUUGUGCACAAAUGUAUAUAUUUUUGGAACAAAUAAAAUCUAUUUGUUUCCACUGCUGUUGUCGUAUAUAACAGAGAACUCUUUAAAACUUUGAAACCUAAUUUUUUUGUGUAUGACUUUGACUUAAAUUUUAACCUAUUUUACUUCAAACCUGCUCAUAUGAUUUCACAUUCUUUUUCAUUAUGCAUCUUCUGGUGACACUGCCCUCUAGUGAGGGAUACCGUGUGGGUAUUUAAUCCUUGAAAAGGUUUGUAUACCAACCUGUGGAACUGUGCUGAGUUAUUGAUUGUAUUAUCACUGGAUAUUGAUUAAAAUCAGCUCUGAGUAUUUGACCCACAGAUCCAGGGAAUUCUCGUAUUCCUGGUCAUUUUUUCUCAGCUGGUUAUUUUUAUCAACAUUGAUAAUAAAGGUAUAUAUUGUG